UCUUACGUCCAUGGCUCAGACGCUCCUAUGUAAAGGCACCUUAAAGGCCUUAAAGCGUUCCUGCAUCAGAAACAGCGAACUUCACAGAUCACUUCAGAUGGUGGAAGAUACAAACACAAUGGUGUAUACACAAUGUCAAGUGUGCCGGGAGAACACUUUCAGAAUUGACGGUAGAUUAAACAAUAACAACUUGACUUAUUGACUUUCCUUUAAACUUGAGCAGUUUUCCGUGCAAAUUAAAGUUACGUCGCUGUAGAAUCGAUAUAGUUAUUAAAUAUGCAGAUGUCACUUCUCAAUCUUCGUAUAGGUUAGGUUAAAUUCACAAUAUUUAUGUUUCUUCAAUACCCGUGUCUUACAUAUCGCUAAAUACUUUACAAUGGUGUCAACGCGAGGGCUCAAGUUCAAAUUUUCCGACGGCGAGAAAGUGCUAUGUUACGAACCAGACCCCACGAAAGCGAAAGUGCUAUACGACUCGAAGGUACUUGAUGUUAUCAUAAAUAAGGAUCAAAGAGGUAGAAAAGCAGUGGAAUAUCUCAUACAUUUCCAAGGUUGGAAUUCGUCUUGGGACCGUUGUGUAACGGAGGAAUAUGUGCUCAAAGAUACAGAGGAAAAUCGUCAGCUUCAACGAGAUCUAGCACAAAAGGCGCAGCUGCAGCUCGGUGCUUAUUUGUAUCGCCGUGAACGCAAGAAGAGAAGCCACAAAAUGUCAGAACGCUUGACCGAGACGGAGCAUCAAGAACCUCGUCGUAGAGCGAGAAGCGGUGGCAGCAGAGCUACGUCGGCUACAACCGGGUCUUCCGAGGAUGGCAGUUCAGGCCAACAUGCUGAUUAUGAUACAGAGGAAGUAAAUACAGAAGAAGAUACUGAAAGUAGUUCUGAUUACAUGGGUGAGACGAGUGACGAUGAAGAUAGUGGCGGUGGCAGCCAAUCUGGAGCCAGUAUGAAACCAGGCAUUGAUCUUGAUAUAGGUAGCACGUUAAAACGGAUUUUAGAACAAGACUGUGACCUAAUAGCUAAUAAAAAUAAGCUUGUCGUGCUUCCGGCACAGCCUACUGUGAUAAAUAUCCUAGAAUCCUGGGUGCAGCACUUCACUACGACGCAAUUGACGAAUAUCCCAGAGAAACCUCAGCGGAAUAAAGCAAAUAAUACGAUAGAAAAAACAGUGAGCGAGAUAAACAUGUGCAGGGAGGUCGCGGACGGCUUACGCAUAUACUUUGACUUCACAUUACCUCAUCUCCUGUUGUACAGGCAAGAAAAGGAGCAGCAUUGCUCCCUAAAAACUUCCUUGUUAAGCAACGACCAAGCAACCGUCCUCCCAAAGGAGGAACUAAUUGAAAAUUUAGAAAUACCCACGAAAGAAGAAUUUGAGGAUACGGAAUACGCUCAUUUGCCACCCUUUCAAGAGCAUGAGUCGGAGAUGGACAAUACAUCUAAGCCGUCGGGCAAUUCUAAGCGAAGAUUGCGAUCGUGUCGUGUAAGCUCAGUCGACGAAAGUCGACAAUUGAGAUCCUACGACGAGGGAAAGCAGGACGGCGGCAAUUUAUCAAGUAGCAUAGCAAGUACAAGUUCCCGUUGUUCUAGCCCGCGAGGUGUAACGUUAAGAAUGCCGCCUGUUGUUACAUCCGCACAAGUAAACAGUUUACUUCAACAGUCUAACAAGUGGAGGUUAAUGCCUCCAGUUCCGAAGCAAAACGAAACUCCAAGUCCCUCUACUUAUUACGGUGCCAUUCACUUAACUAGAUUAUUCGUUAAAUUACCCGAGUUGUUGCAAUCUGCAGAUAUACCAAGUAAAAAAUUGAAAGUACUUCUGAAAUAUUUGGACAUGUUUUUGAGUUAUUUGGAGAUGCACAGGGAAUGGUUCGGAGAACAAUUUUAUUUUCAAGUGGAAAAUCGAACGAUAUCACAAACUAGUAAUGUGUAACAAUAUUUUAUAUUAUAUAUAAUUAUACAUAUAUAUUAUAUAUGUGUUAUAUAUACAUAUAUAUGUAUGUACACACAAAAUGACAUGUACAUCGCUUCCCCCAAUUGUAUAAUACUCAUCAAGUAUGCAUGACUUGUAUGUACAUUAAGGAUCUUUUUUGAAACAAUAUGAUAUUUUUCUACCAUGUUUUUAUAUAAAAUUACGUUGUGCGUUAGUUACGACGCAAAAUUAACGAUAAAUAAGUAAAAAUCCGAAGAUUAAAUGUGAAAUCUGAAAGUAGCGAGUUGAAGAUCAAUUCUCAACAUCGCAAGAGGGCAAAUAUCUUUUUUUUUUCUUUGACAUUGUAGCCGCGGUCCACUUGAUGCUACAAAUCAAAGUGGUGGUGUGCAAAUGCAUUCCUUUUAAUACAGAAAGAUUUUUUUCUUA